AUGUCAAUCCAGCAAUUUAAAGAGUUACAGUUGCGGCAUGUGCUGGAACUAUACCAACUACUAUAUCAACAAAACCAGUAUAAAAAGACAAAAUUAUUAGAGUUGAAGCAACAGUUGGAGCGACAGUUGGAGCAACAAUUAGAGCAACACUUGGAGCAACACUUGGAGCAACAGUUGGAGCAACAGUUGAAGCAGCAGUUUGAGCAGCAAGGAAUGCAACUAUUACGUAAACAAGACCAAGAAUUCCGAUUGUUUUUACAUCCAGCUUCACAAAAAAUAGAAAAAGAUAAGAUGCGCCCACGUAAAUACUCUCUACAUGCGUGCAAUUCGUGCUGUAGAGCACACCAAGCGUGUGUAAUAGAAGAGAGCUCUGCUUCUUGUAGUAGGUGUAUUGAGAAAAAUUUUGAAUGCACUUUUAAAAGGAUUCGCAAAAAAAGAGGCAGACCUAAAAAAAAAUCAAAGGAAAACAGUAAUGGCCAUCAAUGUUGUUAUAGCAGCAACGAACCUAUACCUGAUUUACGUGAAGGUUCCAGUGCUUUUUGA